GAGUAGUCGCAAACAGUGCAGAACCACCGUCAUGCGAAUUCAAUCAGUGCUGGUCGCAGCAGCCAGUCUAGUCCUGCCAAAUUGCCAGGCAGUCUUUGUCGAUGAUGCCUUCAACGUAGACUGGCACCUUGCCCUGGUCGGCGCACCCCAGGAAGACACGACCUUCUUCCACCAGCCCGUCGCCGCGUCGAAAGCAUCGCUUCUCUACACUCUCUCGGACAAAGCAAUUCUCGGAGCAGUCAAUCCCAAGGACGGUUCAUUAAGAUGGCGCCAGCAGUUGUCUCCCAACAACAACUCGACCUCGUCCUUCCUCCGAGCUGCCCAGGACCAAGCUCUUGUCAUCAGCGCUGUCGACGGUCAAGUUGCUGCAUGGAGUGCUGCCGACGGGCGUCAAGCAUGGUCCUUCGAUCUGGGUGAUGCUAAAGUAAAAGACUUGGAAAUUGUUGAGAUUCCCGAGGCCAACGAGCAGGGUGGAAGCAAGGAUGCCAUCGUCUUGACUGGUGAUUCUCAGCCCACUGUGCGAAGACUCGCUCGCCAGGACGGUGCCGUCAAGUGGCUCUUCAGAGACGAUAGCGGUGACACUCCGUUCCAGCUCUCUGUCUCGUCUACUCACAUCUUCUACAUCUCCCUGCAUACCUCGAUGCUGGGAGGCCUCAAGAUCAAGGUCGCUUCUCUCGAUCCUGUUACUGGACACAAGAUGGAUCAAUACACCUUGUCUACCGAGAGCGAUCUGGCCUCAACUGCCGACAUUCUGACUGUCGGCGCAAACUCUGCCUCGCCCAUUAUCGCAUGGACCGACAAGGCCCGCUCUACCCUCAAGGUCAAUGUCAUUGGUUCCAAGGCUGUAUCUACCUUCAAUGUUGAAGUUGGUCAAGAUGUCCUCAGCAUCUCUCUGCAUGCCCCCUACCACAUCAAUGCCCGUCCUCACUUCCUUGUCCAUUAUGAGACUCGUUCUCAGAACUGGGCCGAGGUCUACCAUGUUGACCUCGUGAAGUCCACUGUAUCAAAGGCUUACUCGCUUCCCAAGCUGACAGGCAAGGCCGCUUUCUCUGCCAGCACGUCUGACGCCAAUGUAUACUUUACCCGCAUUUCCAAUUCCGAGGUGACGGUCGUCUCUUCUGCCUCGCAUGGUAUUCUCGCCAGAUGGCCGCUGAAGCCCGCCGCUGGUAUCACCUUGCAAGGCGAUCAUGCCCCUGUGCAUGCUGUCUCCGAAGUUUCAGUCAAGUCUGAUACCGUUUCUGCUGUUCGCUCCGCUGUCUACUUGGCAUCAGGCGAUUGGAUUCUCAUUCGAGACGGCACUCCCGUGUGGGAGAGACCCGAGGCACUCAGCAGCAUCAAGUCUGCUGUCUGGGCAUAUCUUUCUGCUCCUGAAGGCCUGGUACACGAGCUUGAAAUCGAAGGCCACUCCAACCCUGUACAGGCAUAUAUUCAUAGAGUCAAGAGACACAUUGCGGCCUUGGAGAACCUCCCAGCAUGGCUCGCAGCUUUGCCUGGUCGCAUUGCCGCUAGCGUAGGCAUUGGUGCGCAUGAUGCCGAUGCAGACUCUACUGAUAUCUUUGGCUUCCACAAGAGAAUUGUUUGCGCUACCGAGAGUGGUCGCUUGAUUGCACUUGAUGCAGGCGGCAAGGGCGCCACAGUAUGGAACGUCAAGAUUGCCAACGAUGCUGCUCCUUCUCCUUGGCAAUCGCCUAAGCUCGCUGCUCGCCCUGAUGGCACGAUUUUGGCAAGCAGCGUUGAUGGAAGCCAACACAGGCUAUUCAACGCAUCCACCGGAACUGAAAUGACCUACACCGGAUCUGCACUGUUGUCAGAGCCAAGCCAUGCUGCUAAAUUCACUUAUGCUUUGGAAGACGGCAAGGUCGUAGGUGGUCCGAUUGCUGAGGCUGCAUCAUGGAGAUUCGCGCCCGGUAACGGAGAGAAGGUCUACAGUAUGACUCCUCGUCCAAUCGACGACCCCGUCGCAUCUAUCGGAAAAGUCCUUGGAGAUCGUAAGGUUCUCUACAAGUACCUCAACCCCAACACUCUUCUUAUCAUCACUGCCUCCGACACCACAAUGUCGGCCACCAUCAGUGUGAUUGAUGCCCUGUCUGGUUCGGUCCUCUAUAUCGCUUCGCACCAGGGUGUCGACACAACUCUGCCAAUUGCCUCAGCUAUGUCUGAGAAUUGGUUCGCUUACUCGUUUGCUUCGCAACCUACAGCAGACAGCGUGAAGGGCUACCAGCUGGUCGUUGGCGAGAUGUUCGAAUCGCCCUUCUCCAACGAUAGAGGACCACAAAGCGCUAUCAAGAACUCAUCCGAGGUCGACUACAGCUAUCAGCCCCAUGUAAUUGCUCAGUCCUACCGCAUCCGUGAACCCAUCUCCAAGCUGGAAGUCACACAGACCAGGCAAGGUAUCACUUCAAGGGCCUUGCUGGCUGUUCUCCCUGAGUCAAACGCGGUAGUCGGCAUUCCUCGCCAUGUCAUCGACCCCCGUAGACCAGUUGGAAGAGACGCAACUAAGGACGAAAUGAUGGAGGGUCUGAUGCGUUACAUGCCUGUCCUCGAGUUUGACCCCAAAUGGUACCUCAACCACCAACGCGAGGUUUACGGAAUUGACACCAUCACGACCAGUCCAGCUGUGCUCGAAAGUACCAGUCUGGUGUUUGCCUACGGUCUGGAUGUCUUCAGCACCAGAAUCAGCCCGAGUUUCUCAUUCGACAUUCUCGGCAAGGAUUUCAACAAAUUCCAGAUGCUUGCAACCGUAGCAGCGCUUGCGGUGGCCACUGUUGUGGUCGCGCCAUUGGUGAAGCGUAAGCAGAUCAACACGAGAUGGCAAUUUUUGUAGGGUCUUGUUAGAAGGUUGCAUAGACAAAUGUUUUUUCAUGUACAUUAUACCACCUAGUGCAUAGCCGAUGAAUUUUCAUGAGCAUUGAUAUCCGUCUGACAAUGAUGAUUGAGCUGACAGUC